GGAAUGCCACCUGCACCAAUAACCCUGGUUCUUUUGUGUGCACUUGUAAUGCAGGCUAUAAAGGAAAUGGAAUCUACUUGUGCAUGGACAUAGAUGAGUGUUCAGAGAGUCGUGUGUGUUCUACUUUAUUAGGUUUCAAAGGCUGCAUAAACACACCUGGGUCCUAUCGUUGUACAUGCAACAGUGGUUUUCAAGCCACUGGACAGAACUGUAUUGACAUUGAUGAGUGUGCAAGCAACAUCUGCAGCCCUAAUGCAGUUUGCAAAAACUCUGUUGGAUCAUACCAGUGUACCUGCAAAAGUGGGUUUGCGGGAGAUGGGUUGACAUGUGCUGAUAUAAAUGAAUGCAUUAGAGGCAAUGAAUGCGACUCGAAGGCUGUUUGCAUCAACAGGCUGGGCAGUUAUGAGUGUGUGUGUCCGGAAGGUUUUGUUGGAGAUGGACGACGCUGUGAAGAUGUUGAUGAGUGUGCAAAGCCAAACAUUUGCCCAUCUUUCACUACCUGUGUGAACAGUCCCGGGUCCUACAAAUGUGACUGUGGCAGUGGAUUACUCUUCAAUGGCUCCAAGUGCAAUGACAUUGAUGAAUGCAAAGCAGGGCAAUGCAGCCCUUCUGCAAACUGCACUAAUUCAUAUGGUUCCUUUUCUUGUCAGUGCCUGUCAGGCUACACGGGAGAUGGUUUUACCUGUGAGGAUAUAAACGAAUGCUCUUUGAAUUUUGGUUUUUGCCACUCGAAGGCUGUUUGCAAAAACUUACCUGGUUCUUACAACUGUACAUGUGUGACUGGCUACUCUGGGGAUGGGCUUCAGUGCAAUGACAUCAACGAGUGCCUGGUGAAUAAUGGAGGCUGUAAAAACAAAGCAACGUGUGUCAAUAACCAAGGGUCUUUUGCUUGCCAGUGCCAGUCAGGUUUCAUCUUGAUUAAUAAGACAAUUUGCCAAGACAUCAAUGAGUGUGUGGAAAAGAGCAAUCCGUGUGGAGAGAAUGAAGAGUGCAAAAACACUGAUGGUUCUUAUGAGUGCUCUUGCCUGGCUGGGUACAACCGCCCUGCGAGCAACAUGGCCUGCGUCGAUAGGGAUGAGUGUCAAGACAAACCGUGCCACAUCAAUGCCACAUGUCUCAACACCAUUGGCUCGUACACCUGCACCUGUAAGAGAGGCUUUACAGGGAAUGGCUCUCAUUGUUUGGACAAAGAUGAAUGUGCUCAGGGGCAAAUAUGCCACACAAGGGCCACAUGCACUAACACUAUAGGGGGAUUUUUCUGCUCUUGUCAGCAAGGUUUCAUAGGUGAUGGAUUUUCCUGCGAGGAUGUGAACGAGUGUUCCCGCUCCAAUACCACCUGCCCUCCUUUCUCACAAUGUGUCAACUCUCCUGGUUCUUAUGUUUGCUCAUGUUUGAAUGGUACAGUGGCCUCCAAUGACUCCUGUGUGUCACCAGUUUUUCUGUGUGAUCCUCCCUGCCAUAGUAAAGGUUUGUGCCACCUUUCACCUUCCGGAUAUCAGUGUGUUUGUGACAUGGGCUUUGAUGGCAAUGGAGUGACCUGCACCGACAUCGAUGAAUGCCAGAUGGACAAUAUUUGCCCUGACAAUGAAACUGAAUGUGUGAAUACCCCUGGAUCAUUUUCUUGUGUCUGCAAACAAGGCUACACUCUCAACGGGACUCAAUGUGUCGAUGUGAAUGAAUGUGAUACGGGGCAGCAAGACUGCAGUGAGUUUGCCCAGUGCAACAACACAGUGGGCAGCUACUCCUGCUUUUGUCGAAGUGGUUACACAGGAGAUGGGAAGAACUGCUCUGACAUUGAUGAAUGCCAAGACCAAAAUGGAGGAUGCCACCCAUUUGCCAACUGCACUAACAUGCCCGGAUCUUUCUCCUGUGUCUGCCCGAUGGGCAUGGAGGGGGAUGGCUUUUACUGCAAGGAUGUGGACGAAUGUGAGCAGAACUCUACCCUGCCAAACAACUGCAGCUCACAGGCAGUGUGCCUCAACACCAAUGGUUCCUACCUGUGCCAGUGCAAUCAUGGACACCAAGGGGAUGGCUUUAUUUGUAAUGAUGUUGAUGAAUGUGAGUUAGCCACAGCUUGCAGCAAGAACAUGACAUGCACCAACUUUCCUGGCUCCUACAGCUGCUCUUGUAUAUUGGGAAACGUAUACAAUGACGGAACAUGCAUUAGUGAAGAUACCUGCCUAAAUGCUACUAAUUACUGCCAUCCUCUUGCCAAGUGUAACACAUACCAGGGUUCUUUCUACUGUCAAUGCACAGAUGGAUAUGAAGGAAGUGGAAUUGACUGCUGGGACGUAAAUGAAUGCGAUCAGUUACAAGAUAAAGUCUGCCCUCCCUUCUCACACUGCCAAAACACGAAUGGUUCUUUCAUCUGCGAGUGUUGGAAAGGUUUUCAAGACAAUGGUACACACUGUCAGGACAUAGAUGAAUGUGAGAUGGGAAACUUCACCUGCCCUGACAACAGUACCUGUAAUAAUACAGAAGGGAGUUACAACUGCACCUGUGACCCAGGAUUCUCAGCCAAUGACUCCUUGUGUUUGGACAUUGAUGAGUGCUCCCUUGGCCUGAUCCAGUGUCCUAAUUUUUCCAACUGCCUUAACACGAUUGGAUCUUCCAUCUGUGGGUGUUGGGAAGGUUUUCGAGACAACAGUACACACUGUCGGGAUAUAGAUGAAUGUGAGAUGGGAAACUUCACCUGCCCUGACAACAGUACCUGUAAUAAUACAGAAGGGAGUUACAACUGCACCUGUGACCCAGGAUUCUCAGCCAAUGACUCCUUGUGUUUGGACAUUGAUGAGUGCUCCCUUGGCCUGAUCCAGUGUCCUAAUUUUUCCAAUUGCCUUAACACGAUUGGAUCUUCCAUCUGUGUGUGUUGGGAAGGCUACCAAAGCAAUGGCACAGAGUGUGAGGACAUUGAUGAAUGCCUGGACAAUUCCACCUGCCCUGACCACAGCACAUGUGUGAACACCAAAGGAAGCCACCAGUGUCUUUGUGAUACUGGGUUUUCCAAUAGCACUGACUUAUGUGUGGACAUUGAUGAAUGCAGUGAAAACAAUGGGCGAGAGCUUUGCACAAAUGGAACAUGCAUGAAUGCUCUUGGUUCUUAUUACUGUGAUUGUUUUAGUGGAUUCUCGAGCAAUGGUACAGAAUGUGUGGAUGUGGAUGAAUGCUCAGAGUUUCUCAACUCCUCAGUGUGCCAGCCUUUCUCCACAUGUGUUAACACUCUAGGUUCAUACCUCUGUCCCUGUAAUGUAGGUUUCAUUCUGAAUGGUAUCAACUGUCUGGAUGUGGAUGAAUGUCUUGACCCAGUUGGUAGCCCAUGUCCAGAAAACUCUAUAUGUAACAAUACAGAAGGGUCUUUCCUCUGCCACUGCUCCCCUGGGUACCAACCCAUUGACACUGGCUGUGAGGAUAUUGAUGAAUGUAAGAGCAGCAACACCUGUCGCUCUGAUCAGGUGUGCACAAACCUACCUGGAGCAUACAAUUGCUCCUGCCCUCUUGGUUACCAUGAGGAGAAUGAGGCAUGUGUUGACAGCAAUGAAUGUGAGAAUUUGCCAUGUCAUCCCUUGGCAUACUGUUGGAAUACACCUGGCUCCUUCUCCUGUCACUGUUACAGAGGCUUCACUGGAAAUGGCUCCUGGUGCAAAGAUGUGGAUGAGUGUGUUGCCUCUACCAACCCCUGUCACUCCCUUGCUCAGUGUCAUAACACCCCAGGAUCAUUUGUUUGUGUCUGUAUGCCAGGCUUCCUCAGCAUUGGGCCCCUAUGUGUGGACAUUAAUGAAUGCCAGCAAGAACAUGGGCAGUGUCACUCAGCUGCUACCUGCAUCAAUUAUGUAGGAGGAUUCAAAUGCUCAUGCAACCAAGGCUGGGAAGCUACCAAGGAUAACGGUCUUGGAAAAGAAGGCUGUGUAGACUUGAAUGAGUGCGUCCUCCCCAACCUGUGUCCUCAUCAGACGUCCUGUACCAACCUGCCAGGGAGCUACGCCUGUUCCUGCCCAGCAAACAACCCAGAUUGCAAUACCUUAGCCAAGAUGGAGAGCUCUCUGUACCCAUACGGAGCAGAGGCUGGAGACAGAGAAGUGAAAAUAGAAACAGAAGAUGGAAAUUCUCCCUACAUCGCCCCACCAGCAGGGUUUCCUUUCAUGGGGAAACUGUACGACAGAGUAUUUUUUUCUGAUAACGGCCUGGUCCAGUUUCAGUCGUUGGCUGAGAACGAACAAUACCUCCUCCCGUCUCCCUCUGCUGACGGUUUCCCUGACGACAUGAAAGUGCCACUAUUGGCUGUCUUUUGGGAUGACGGUGACCUCACCAAAGGCAGCGGGAAGCUGCACUAUCAGGAAUAUUCAGAACUGGAUGCGUCAGAUCUUUACUCCCAGAUGGUUUUCAACCGCACAGCAGAUGAAGUGACAAAGUUUGAGGGUUUGAAACAGAGACCUCCGUUUUCCCCCACCUGGAUCCUGAAGAUCACCUGGGAAAACGUGAUGCCCGUCUCCUUCCAGAAGGUCAACCUGUCAGAGACCAACACGUUCCAGUGUAUCUUGACAACAGAUGGAGAGCGUUCCUUCGCCCUCCUGCGAUACGGUCAGAUGAAAUGGGGUCCUGGGCUGAGGAAGCAUCACGAUGCUCUGAUCGGCUACACAGACGGAAAAACCACGUUCAAGGAGAUUACAGAACCUCCAGGAAACCUAUUUGGGCAUGCAGGCAGAUACAGACCCAAUGAAGUUACGGGAACACUGGGGAAUCUCGGCCAGUUGGUCUAUGAUUUAACUGGACCAGUAGGGUCGGAUGCUGAUGCUGGGAUCAAAUGCCAGGCGUGGUCGAAGGGGGAGCCGGACCCGGCUGUGUGGACGGUGGGGCUGUCCUCCUGUCCCUGCACCCGCAUGCAGGCUCUGGAGGACCUGGCGCUCCUGCUGGACCUCUCUGACCCGGGUGAGACAGUCCAGAAGCUGAGGGCUCAGCGGUGGACGGGCUCCUCUGGGCAGGUCUUUAGGUCGCUCCUGUCCAACCAGUAUGGCGCCGGGAAGAGGUGCGUGUACGAGCCGGAAGGCGCCCUGCUGGCUGGGUUCAGUGAGCGCUACUUCUACGGACAGAACAUGCAGAAACACGUCGAUGGGGAUCUCCUCCCAUUUCAGUGGUGUUGCAUCGACUCUCCCCAGUGCCACCUCUACCUUGGAAAGAGACCUUUGGAUCGCUGUCAAAGUUACGUCUCCAGCAUUCGCAGCGGCUCCAGGGGGGCAGCGCGGGGCACCGCGUUGGUGUACGGCAGUCUGCAUUUCAUCACCUUCGACGGGGCAGAGUACUCGUUUAAGGCCCUAGGGAAGUUUGUGAUAUUACGUCUCUCAUCCGCAAGAGGCUCCAAUAUCUUCACCCUACAAGGACAGAUUGAAAAGCUGCAGACAGUCGCAGGAGGGAUCAUUGACGUCCCAGUGGUGGUGCGCAUGGCCGCCUUCCACCAAGGCAUCGGCAAGAUUGACUGGAGAUGCUCUGACAAAGCGAGCGGACUGCAGAUUUAUGUGGAUGAUGCUGAAUUUCCAGUCAGAAUCGGUGUUGUGUACGAGAACAAGCAGGGCUUUGCGGUGCGCUGUCUCUCGGUGAAUCGCUGUGCAGCGGUCUAUGCCAGCGGUCUCAGGGUGGUCGUCUGGCGAAGUGAAGGCUACCGUCAGCUGGCGGCCAUGGUGGAAGUCCCGGAGAACUUCUACAGACGCACAGUAGGUCUCAUGGGGCUGUGGAGCGCCAACCGGUCCGAUGACUUCCUCAUGUCCGACGGGAAGGUCGUCCCCUCCCAGGAUCUCAACCCCCCUGAGGAGGAGCGGCUGAAGCAGUUUUGCAUGUCCUGGGCGGUCCCAAACCCUGAGAACCUGCUGGUGUCUUCGUCUCAAAACGUCCCCCUGGCUUUGGACUCCACCGCGCCCCUGCUGCAAAGCCUCAGUCCUGCUGAGCUGGAAGCGCAGAUGAGACUUUGCAAAAACAGCGUUGAGUGCGUUGAGGACAGCGUGGCGUCCGGCAUCCCCGACCUGGGCCAGCAGACUCUGGAGGCCCAGACUCAGUUCAGGAGCCUGGCUCUCCUCUUCGGCAACAUGCCGCCUGUAGUGACAGAGCCCGCUGUGAUACACACAAAGGUCAACUCUCAGGUCAGCGUUCAAAUUGUCGCUCAGGACCCAAACGGUGACCCCAUCACCUACUCAUUGCUAUUCCCCUGGCCUCCAGAGGCUCGUGUUGGCAGUGUGAACGGCUACCUGACAUGGACACCGCGCAGCACUCAGCCUUCCCAGCUGACUGUCCAGGUCAGCGACGGGCAGACAGGCUCCUUGUUCACCCCCGUCCUGCGAGUCUGCAACUGUCUUAACGGAGGAACCUGCCUGUAUGACAGCGUGGCUGAAAAUCACCUGCAGGGAAAGUUUCAGGUAGUCGGGUGCUUGUGCCCAAAGGGAUACAGCGGGGCGUUCUGUGGAAACACAACAAACGCAUGUCGGGGCAAGCCGUGUUUCAGAGGGGUGCAGUGCGACCCAAAGUCCGGCCCUGACCAGUUCAGCUGUGGAGACUGUCCUGACAACACCGUCUCCAACGACAAACAGGGAUACAAAUGCUUUGAGUAUGACAUGUGCAGCCCUCCUUUCCCCUUCCCGUGCCACCAGGAUGCAGAGUGUCUGUCCACCAAGCUCAGCUACUCCUGCACAUGCAAAACUGGCUUCAGUGGAGAUGGACACAACUGCACAGACAUGGAUGAAUGUGCAAAGUUCAUGCCAUGUAAGAAUGCCAAGUAUGAGUGUGUGAACAAGCGCGGAUCUUACGACUGCAAAUGCAGAUAUGAAGAUGGAUGUGGUACGUACACUGAUAUUAACGGUAAAUUACCAGCAAAAAGGGAUUUACUGAAUAGACGGCAUUGAUCAUUUGAGAGGAUCAGAGAUUUUUAAAAUAAAACAAAUCAGACCUGAACCUAUGGGACGUUGUACUUCUGUUUAUGGAACAAUCUGUUUCGUCUGGGGUUGUUCUGAGUUGUUUUUUCAGGUUCGAUUAUUCUGAUUAUCUAGUCUCUUUCUUUGAUUAGAUCAGUCUUGUUUCUGUUUUACUUCAGUUCAGUCCUUCUUAGUGUUUCCAUGUUUGUUUCUUGUCUCUUCCUUGUUACUCUAGGUUAGUUAUAUUUCUUAGAUCUAGUUAUUCUUUAGUGUUAAAUUCAUUUCCUUGCCCCUUGUGCCACUUUCUCUCUCUCUCUGUAACCCUGUCUUAAUCUAAUCUGAUCUAAUAUAAUCUGUUCAUUGUUCAGUAAUCAGCCUUCCCAUUACAUAUCCAACUCAUUCUCAGUUCCUCCUGUUAAAUCCAGUUGAAUCCUGUUAUUUCCCAGCUGUUUUUGCUCUGCUCUGGCUCCCUGUGUUCCCUGAGGUUUUUUUUCAUUUUUUUCAUUAAAACGUUCAACAUGCUCUCAGGUAUUUUCUGCAUUUUGGUUCAUCCACACAAACUCACAAUUCAUGACACAAUCUGUCUAAAGGA